AUGGACGAACAACGAAAACAGGAGCUCGAAUUAGUGUGGAAAUCGCAAAUCACUCGACAAAUCAUUGAUUUAACAAAGAAAUGUUUUGAAAGUUGUGUUCCGAAUCCAAACUCAAAAGGUCUCAAUAAGAAUGACAAAGUUUGUUUCCAAAAUUGUGUCAGCAAUUAUUUGGACAGCGCAGCAAUCAUUUCAGCUUCAUUGCAAGGUGGACAGCAGAUAAGAUGA